AUGGGGUGGCACCCACCGGUGGCGGGGUCCCCAGGGGGCGCAAGGAGGGGAAGCGGGGCACCGGGAGAUGGCGGUGGCGGCUGGAGAAACUCAGCCCACGCAGGCUCGAGCUCAAGCUCGGGUGGCUCUUUGGCGGUAGCAGGGGCCGACGACAACAGUCCUCAGGGAUCAGAAGGAGGCGGCGGAAGGGGGCCCAGGGAGGCGGCAGUGGCGCGGAGGAAAGGUGGCUCCUCCAAGCCCGAGCCCACGAAAAUGAGAGGUCUGGCGAGCGCGGUGGCCUCGACAGUGCAUGAGGCCGUCGAAGAUGAGUCGCCGGAGAUGAGGCAGUGCAGGGAGGGCCCGAGGGAGUGGCACGGCUCUCCUUGCAAAUCGAGUUCACAAGGAAGAAGAAAGGGAGAGAGUGAAAGAGAAAAAGAUGAAGAGAUGGAGAGGCUGAGGGGCUCCUCGUCGGCCGAGCAGUCGCCGAUGCCGGUGAGGCAUAGGGGGAAGGUGGCAGUCAUGCUCGAAGCCUAG